UUGCCACCGCCCGCGCGAUUCACUGUUUUCAUGGAGUUCGGGUUUUAGUAAUUUCACCGGUCUUGUCAAUUGGGGUUUCCUGCUACUAACCAUUGGGGGAUUCCGGUUGUGUUUAGAAAACCUCUUGAAAUAUGGCAUUAGAAUAAAUCCCCUGGAUUGGUAUUACGUUUUAAGUGGUAAGAGUGAAGGACAGGAAGGGCAUGCGUCACUUUUGUUGAUUUUAUACUCCCUUGUGCACAUCUCCAUUUGUCUGAUGGUGGAAAAGGGUCUAGCCAUGGAAAUUCUCUCAGAAACGUUUGGCAUGUUCGUGCAAGUGACCAAUAUAAUUUUGGUCGUCUUCCUGCCCAUGGUCAUUAUAUAUCUCAAAGGCGAGACGUUCAGUUUAAUUGGCGCAUCCACCGUAUGUUUUAUAUAUUCUUUACUUUUCCUAAAACUUUGGAGUUAUGUGCAAACAAAUAUGUGGUGCCGUCAGACCUACUAUCUCAAACAAUACAAUCCACGCGAGCGACGACCAAGCAUAACAGUAGCUGAAUUGCGAAACGGUUUCACGGGAGAUGAGGUUGACGCGGAUAUACCUAAGCUAGUACAGUACCCAGAUAAUCUCUGUUAUAAAGAUUUUUUCUACUUUCUGCUUGCACCCACGCUCUGCUAUGAGCUAAACUUCCCCAGAACUACGCGUGUACGCAAGCGUUUCUUGCUCAAACGCUUACUUGAGGUACUCUUCGGCUUCAAUGUUAUUAUGGCGCUAUUUCAACAAUGGAUAAUACCAUCUGUACGUAAUUCGCUUAUACCCUUCUCAAACAUGGAAAUCGGUUUGGCCACUGAAAGGCUACUCAAAUUGGCGUUACCAAAUCAUCUAGUUUGGCUGUGCUUCUUUUACCUGCUGUUUCACUCAUUUCUAAAUGCUGUAGGCGAAUUAUUACAUUUCGCGGAUCGUAAUUUCUAUUGCGAUUGGUGGAAUGCCAAUAAUAUUGAUACUUUCUGGCGUACAUGGAAUAUGCCAGUGCAUAGGUAAGAAAAAAUAAUAAAAGGGUAUUCCU